CACAAUUUAUAAACACGCUUGAACUUUCACGAGUUGGGAAGAGCUGCCUUACUGUAACAGAUUUACAUCAAUUGUUUCUCAUUAUAGUGACAAUGGACAGGAGCGCAGGGACAGUUUCAUCUAUUAAAGCUUUAAGGUACCCGGGCAGCUCCUGCCUCGCGCGGUGUACCUGUGAUGAGCUUCCCUGUCCGCUGCUCACCUGGCUGAGCACAGAGCUGACGACUCUCUGUCCGGAGCUGCGAGACUCGAGCAGGACCGGUGACGUCUUGCUGGGGGGGGAGUUGAGAACUUUACUCUCAAACAUGUUGUCUCCCCUCACUGUGCUGACAUCAGAGGUGCUGGGGCCGUCAAUCCUCAACAAAGUCACUGAGUUCCUUGUGUCAGAAUUGCAAGCGGCUCAAAUAAUGAAGCGUAAGGAGUUGCAUCCUGAGGAGAAAACAACCGGAGACGAGUCUGAAAAAGAGCAGCGAGUUAAAGAUGACAGCCGUGAACUCACUGAGUUUUGUCAGGAAGAUGAAGACGACGAUGACAAAGACAGAAGGAAGAUGGAGACGCAGGCAGAAUGGAUAUUACUGCUGCACGCCCUCGACAUGGACGCCUCCUUGCAAUUUACCGACGUGUCGAGUGAGGUGGAUUCGAGGCUCGCUCGUCUACCGUGUGGAGCGAUGACAAACCCGCUUCUUAACACCAGCCUCAGCUCAGAGCAGUGGGCGCAAGUUAAAAAGAUCAAUCAAGUUCUGUCAGAGGACUAUCGCUGUCGGCGACAAAUGAUGAUCAAACGCUUUCAGGUUACACUCGAGUCCUUCGCAUGGGGAGAGAAACAAAAGGAGCGCAGUGAAGCUCUGGCCUCGAUGCCUCCUCUUUCUUCGCUCUCCGGCUCCUCCCGAGUCUCCUCGUCUCUCCUGAUCGCCGCCAGAGAGGAUAAGUUCCUCAUCGAGCCGAUCAAGGCUGGAACAAGCACCCCCGUCUACAAGAUAUUGAUGGGCAGCGUACCAGACAGAGGAGGACGACCAGGAGAAAUUGAGCCUCCUAUGCCAGCGUGGACAGAUCGAAGAGCGAAAGGAAACAAAUCGGGACGAGGAGGUGGACAACAUCCACGACAGAGAUUCUCAGAUAAAAAGAAGAAAGGGAAACACGAGUAACAUGUCUUUCUCUUUCUGCUUAGUUUGAGAAAUAAGUGAUAAUUUUUCUUUAUUGAAAUCCUUGUUAUGAAAUAAAAAUGGCUGUGGAAUGCUACAUAUGAUAUGAUUUUAUAGUUCUAAAGCUGUGCAACAUUCUUAGUUAUAGUACAUAUGCAUACCUGUCUGUGUACUUUUCUAAUAUAGCUUCUCAUUGCUAUGAUGUACUGGUAUAUUAUCGGAUAUUUUUGUUGAGAAAAUUAAUACUUACUUAAAUGUUUUUGUAAAGAAUAAACCUAGUAAACAAA